AUGCCGACGCGCAGGGGCGCCGCGGCUUCCGCCACGCCCGGGACCCUCACCGGGCAGAUCAGCAUGAGCGACGUGCUCCUCCAGACCCUGGGCGACGAAGCUUCGAUGGAUGCCGCGCAGUUCUCGCAGCGCGUGGGCGACCUCUUCAAGGAGCAGCCCGCUCUGGGCCGCGGCGAGGGCGCGCCUCUGUCCAGGCAGGGCAGCCUCGGCGGCGGGCGGUCGUCCGGCCGCUCCGCGCGAAUCACCGCGUCGAACGUCAGCGGCGACACCUCCAACUCCGGCAAGACGGCGCAGGAGAUAUGGCACGACAUCAUGAGCGCACCCCCCGCGACGGGCGACGGGCCGGGCUGGAAGCGCCAGCAAUCCGCGACGCAGGGCCAGGCGGCUCUCGGCGCGCUCGCGUCCGGUUUGUCCGGCCUCGGCACUCUCCUCCAGGGCGGCGCGACCCUCGGGUCCGGAGCCUUCCCGGGGGGCUCGCUCAUCUCGCAGGCGUCCCUGGACAAGUUGGUCGCGGAACAUCCCGCCAAGACUGUCACCAAGACGACGAAGGAGUGGGUGGACCUGCUCGUCAACUCGGCGAACCCCGCGCCGUUGCGAGGAAUCGCGGGGAGCCAGAAGGUGGCGCUGGAGAACGCCGCGUUGGAGGUCAUGGCAGCUCCGCCGCGAGGGACCAGGAGCAAAGAUAAGGGACCGGCGUCGCCCGGGAAGGCGGGCUCGGCGGCGGCGGCGGCGGCGGCGCCGGCAGCCAAGGAGACCAAGAAGCGGGGCCGCGUCGCGAUCGAGUCAGAUCGCCCGAUCGUCAACCUACCCCCGAAGAAGAAGGGCAGGCGGCGCAAGGGCGAGGUCGACACCGAGACGGAGGAGGAGAAGAGGCUUCGCGCCGAGGAGCGCCAGCGUAAGAACAGGGAGAGCGCGGCGAGGUCGCACCGGCGCAAGGCGCAGCACGCGGAGGAGCUCGAGAAGCGGUCUCGGGACCAGGAGAAGAAGAUAUCGGAGCUCGAGAAGGAGAACGCCAAGCUGCGGCGGCAGCUGAGCGAGGCCAAGGAGAAGUUGAAGAAGAGCGGGCUGGGUUCGCCCGGCGGAAGCCUCAAGCGGACCUCGUCCGCGAGGUCGUGACGAGCCGGUCCUCGGUUCCCUUCCCCUAUGUUAUUUUUCACGGCUUUGUACACGUGAUCGUCGCCACUAUCGUAAUCUCACGAAGGUUUGUCCUCGCCACUCUAAGAUUAUUAGCUAGUCACUUGUACUCUACGUUCCAAAGAUGUCGUC